AUGUCCGAAGUAUGUAUACUACGCAUAAACUCGACUCCGCUGGCUGUGUGUUUUUUUUUUCGUCUUCUUAAGAAAACAAAAGCAAAGCAUCAAAGUGAAGUCCUCAACUAACAGGCUUCAAAAACCAUUUUAGGUCAAAAGAACCAUAAGGAUAAAAACUGAACAGCACAUUUUGAAGGAUGUUCCUCCGGUUGAGAACUUCCCCAUGAGGAAGUGGACCAUUUCGAUAACAAUGCUUGAUGCUCAGGGUAAGGAAAUACCGGCCAAGAUCUUGGGCAAAGUGACCUACCAUUUGCAUCCCACGUUCCCCAACCCCGUGAGACAGUUGAAACUGCCUCCGUUCACUGUUGAAGAGCAAGGGUGGGGAGAGUUCGACAUCCCCAUCACGGUGAAUCUUCUUGGCAUCAGCGGGAAGCCAGGUGAGAGAAAGUUUACUCACGACUUGAAUUUUUUAAAAGAGACCUACUUCACCGACCAUGUGUUGAACAUCCCAGUUGGGCCAAAUAAGAACCCGCAAUUGAACAAAAUACUUCUCGAAAGUGGCAACUUGCCCUUUGAAGAAAGCGGGAACGCCGCAGCAGGAGGCGCAGGAGGAGCUGGAGCUGGAGCUGGAGCUGGAGCUGGAGCUGGAGCUGGAGGGGUCAAGAGAAAAUUAGAUUCAAAUCACGCACCAAGUCAACCUGACAAGGCUAAGAAAUCCAAAGGUGCAAUAAAGGGCAAUAUCGACUUGGAAAAAUUGUCAAAUGGCCUCACCAAGUUAUCCGAGGACGAUCUCAUUGUGGUUGUGCAGAUGGUUACGGACAACAGAACUUCGGACAUGAAUAUUAAAAAUGAUCCAGACGCCGGGGAAUUCACAAUGGACCUCUACACUCUUCCCGACUCAUUGUUGAAGUCCCUUUGGGACUACGUUAAAAAGAAUACUGGAGAGGCCUGA